UAUAAGCUUGCUACUUAGAUUUGUUAACUAUCUCGGAGAUUAAAACACUCUGUCCUGAGUAAUAUAUAGGAGCUAAAAUCUACUACUGUUAUCAGUCAAUGCAUCAUAUUUACCGUAGAUCAUAGAUAAUACGUAAAAUAUGACAUAAGAGAUUUAAAUAACUGAGUGUGUGUACGUGACAUAAUUGAAUCGUCGUGACACAUUACAAUCGAGAAAUUGUAAAAACCAUCUUGUCGUUUGAUAAAUGCACGCAAUAGUGGAGUGUAUCCUUUGGAGCGUAUCUUUUUUAUUCUCUUUAUUUAAUCGAUUAAAAUGUCUCGCAAUUUAUUAAUUAAUACUGGCAAUAUACUUUCAUUAGAUGAGGCUAAAAAAAAGGCUAGUCAGAAUACAAGAGACGAGUUAGUCGAUACGCUGAAGAUUAUUUUGAGAGAAGAAGAGAAUCAAGGGGACAACAUUGCAUUUAUGAAUGGUAUAGGAGAUACCGGUAUUGAAAAUACAGAGAGAGCCGAAUUGAAAGUAACAGUCAAAGUUUUUGUUUCAUCUCCUGAAGCUGAAUCGUUGAAAGAUGCAUUAGACAAGGUCUUUGAACAUUUGAACACGGAUACGAUUGAAUCCUUGGUGAUUGCUUAUAGCACUAAACACGAUUCCGAAGAUAUAUUAAUGUCUUUAAAAUCUUUAUGGAGAGCUGUCGAAGAAUAUGUAAAAGUUGGCAAAUUGUCUAGUGUAGGACUGAGCGACUUAAGUACUAAUACAUUUAUUGAACUCUUUCAAUGGGCAAACGUAAAACCUGAUAUCGUACAAAUUAAUUUGGCUACAUGUUGCAUCGUUCCACCAGCCUUACAAGAAUUUUCUAAAGCAAACGAUGUACAAUUAUUAACGCACAGCGAUCCAUCAGAAAUAUUACCGGAGGAUAUGUUGAAGGAGAUAUUUGGUUCGCCAGUGUCGUUACACUGGGUUGUUAAAUAUCAAAUACAUCUUAAAUGCCGUGGUAUACUGACCUCUAAAGGAUACCUAAUUUACAUUAAAAAAUUAUUUACGCGUAAUUAAUAAUUAUAAUGUUUAUAGACAAUUAUUUAGAAAAUAAUUUAGGUAAUGUUUCAUUAUGUGUCAUAUAUAUAUAUAUAUUUUAAUAUUCUCCAUUCAAUUACGUUUAAUUGAAUGGUACUUAACGAGUGUUACUUACUAACGUUUAAAAAAAUAGAUGUAGAACAACUAAUCAUUUUUGAAGUAUUAUAUAUAUAUAUGUAUAAUGCAUUUUUAGCACUUAUGCUAUCAUCAAUUUACACCAUAUGUUGUACUUAUAGAAUGUAAAUACAAAAACAAGCGUGCAUUUUUGAAUACAGUGAUAUUUUAAAAA